AUACGUCAUGUUUGUGACGUCAUGAAAUUCAUGAUUAUCAUUGACGUUGUGGCGAACAAAAUACACGAUUAAUUAAAAUGCAAAGAAGAAUACUGAAUCUAGCGAUGUAACUAAGGAAAAACUUAGUAUAAAAUGGAGGACAACACAAUAGAAGAAAGAUAUGAGGGACCUAUGUCGGAUGGUGAAUACAUCAGAAAAACGGACUACAAGGAUUUUAAAGAAGAACCUUAUCUCAAUGAGGUUUCUGACAGUUGUCAGUUGAUACGCGAUAUGUUGCGGCAAGAGUAUCUGCAGGACUUUAAGCUACAACCUCUAGCAAUCGCCAUCAACAAUGUGCCCCGACAUAAGUUCCCGUUCAACAGACACACUGUGACCAUAGGUGUUGGAAACAUAGUUAUUGACUUUGAAGUUGCCCGGAAACAACAUGAAAAAGUGCAGGAAGAACAAAAACGAUUUGCAGAGGAAAUAGAAAAGGUAAAAGAAGAAAUGGAAAAGGUAAGACUGAUAGAGAGCGCGUGGUAUGACGAUUUCCUGAACAACAAAUACAUCAAUGAUCUCACUGCAGACUUAAUCAAGUCACGUGGUAUCGGCGACGCAUGCGCACCCAUCGAGGAACUUUUCCAGGAACCAAUCACUCACGAGAAAGACGAGAACGGUAUAAUACACGUAAAGCCUGUAGCGGAACCAGCAGCUCUCAAUAGGAAUACACCAACUGUAAAACCUCGAGGCAGAUUUAUCGUGCCAUAUAUAGAAACCACAUCCCCCUUGCCUAAUGUAUCAGUUUAAAAUAAAUAAAUACGCUUUUUU